UUGAAUUCUUAAUUGAGCAUUUUAGAAUUUGUUAAAUAAAAAAAAUAUAGGUCUUUAAAUUAUCAAAAUUAUGUUAUUAUAAAUAUCAAACAAAUUUUAAAAGAAAGGAUUAAAUAAAGAAAAUAAAAUGGUGAAUUGACUAAAUAUCAAUUUAAAUUAUUUUGUAAAUUCAAAUAGAAAAAAUUAAGAGUUGAUAAAAAAUAUUACAAAUAAAAGAAUAAUAUUAAAAUAGACAAAAGAAAUUUCUUUUAAAUUGAAUUUUUAUUUGAGUUUUCUAGAAAUAUCUUAACUAUAAAAAGCAUUAAUAUUUCAACUUGUUAAAUAGGAAAUUCUUAUUUGAAAAUAGUAUAUUUGUGGAGCUUAAAAAGUUUACAAAAUAGCUUAAAGUUUGUGGAUAUACUAUUCAAUUUAAUUAAAAUCAAUAGUUAUAAAAAUUAAAAUUGCUGCGUUUUAAAUAUGAAUUUUUACAAAUAAUUUUAGAAAUAUUAUGAUCGAAUGAUCAAAGUAUAAGCUGGUAUCUUUUAUUUCAAAGCUUUCGUGGUAACAGGAUCUUUGGCUUAUACUGCUUACAAUUAUUAAAAAAUAUUAUUAUACAAAGAAUAGCUAAAAUAGAAGUUUUAGGAUUAUAGAGAAACAUAAAAACAGAAACUUAAAGACUACUAUUCAGAUGAGAGAGUACAACAAAAAAUUUAAAAGGCUAAAGAAGUCUAAAAAGAGGCUAUAGAAAUAAAAAAUAAAUUGAAAGAAAAAAUACCUGACGAAGAAAAGAUAAAUGAUUUUAAGACUAAAGUUUAAGAGAAAGUAGAAGUUGCUAAAUAAUUGAAACAAGAUAUUAAAGAAAAAGCAAAAGAAAAUGAAAAAUUUAAUGAUCUAACUCAAUAAUUAAAAUAAAAACUAAGUGUGAUUAAGACUAAUAAUUAAGGUGAAGGCCAAUUAAAAUCAAAUUAGAUUAAACAGAACUUAGAAGCUAACCAGGAACUCGAUAAUUAAGAUAUUAAAAAAACAUAAAAUUAAGAAUUAAACGAUAAUAAUUUUACUGAGAAGGAUGGCUAAUUUAUCAAGAAUAAUUUAUUGUCAUAAGAUUCUAUAACAUUUAAAGAAAAUAAUCAAAAUGUCUAACUAUAAUAAUCAUAAAAUAGCUCUUAAAAUGAAUAAAAUAAAACUAAUUCUUCACUUAAAGAAAUUAAAUCUAAUUUCUUUAAUAAAAUAGAAAAAGCUCAAAGCUUUAAAGAGGAUAUCAAACAAAACUUAGAAAAAAGGGUUGAAGAAAAAAAAUCAAGUCUUGAAUUUAGUGAAUAGAAAUCUAAAUUAUUUUCAAAAUUCAAUAAGACUAAUAAGACUGAAGAAGACAAGGCCUAAAAUAUUAUAAAUUAUAAUUCAGACUAAAAUUCUGAAAAUUAAAAUAAUUAAUGA